GAGUUGAGGAACAUUUCAUUUGGAAUUGGCAAACACAGGAGUCAGACGAAAGAUAGCUCAGCGGUAAAAAGGAGGGAAGCAAGGGUCAGCUUUGGAUAACGAUAUUUACAAGCCUACGAUAUCUUCAUGGUGCGCAGUGUGUUUUACUGUCAAAGUCAUCAUGAAAUGCCCUCACUACGAGUAUACAAUGGCCAACAAUAUGGAUAAAAGCGCUGCAGCAGACUCCAGGGUGCUUCACCUAAAAGCUUCCCCAGUGAAAGAGCCCCUCCCCCUCAAAUCCCAGCGCCCACCUGCUGGAGUGACCAAAGAGUUGUUCUCUCACAACAACAACAACACCAAAGCAGUCCACAACAAGGAAAACAGCACCAACAAAGGGCAUGACUGGACUCUGGUUGAAGCGUUUGAGGACAGUGGCUAUCUGUCUCUGCAAAAUAGUCAUGAUAAUGACUAUUGUGAUGAUAAUGAUGAUCAUGGGGAGGAAGAGGAUGAACACAUCCUUAAAAAAACAGCAACACCCCUGCCACCUUCAAAUGCGGUAAAGCAUAAAAAAAAGACAACUCCUAAUAAUUCUCCCACUAAAUGUAAAGGAAGGACUGACUUUAACCGGCAAGUGUCUCUGGAGGUAGCUUCUACUCCUGUGGAUUGCCAUAAAAGGAGAACAGUGGCACACUCGCUGUCAUCUACCCCGUCCGAGCAUCACAAUAACCCCAACCUGCCCAUACUGAAGUUCCAGAAGACAGUGUGUGAAGAGCUUGCCAAGAACUAUCGUAAGAAUAAGAGGUAUGACUUUAGCAUCAUCAACAAGGUUGCAGAGCGUCAACUUUUGGAUCGGGUGAUCGGAGGCCAUAUGGGCCAGGAGUACAUCGACGUGUUUUCGUAUCUUCUGACCAGGAACAUGAGAAGCAUCCUGACCAACAUCCUGGCCCUGCUGGGAGACAUGGACCUCAUCAGCUGUAAGAAAGUGAGCAGGACAUGGAGGCGGUUCAUCUGUGAGGAUACAGCCGUUCUGAGCAGGUGUCAAAGAGCUGAGGAGGCACUCAGGGAGUCGAGGAACUCCACGAGGCAACAGGGCUGUGGUCUAACGAGAGAUUCGGGUCUGUCCAGGGUGGUGUUCUCCUGCAUGCAGACCCUGGCCUCACCAAGUACCCAAUCUUCUUCCUCCUCAUCGAGCUGCGGGGUCAACAGGCGUCCUGCUCACUCUCAGAAAGGCAUCAUGCCCCAUCAGGCCUACACACGCUUCAAUGAAUACAUGCAGGCGGCCAGCAGUCUGAAGACGCACGAGUCUCUGCGUCCCUGCAAGCUCUGCGGCGCUCCAGCGACGCACCUGUCCGAGGUUCGGAGGGCCACGUGCACCAGCCUCAACUGCCAGUUCGAUUUCUGCACCUACUGCCAGGAGAAGUUCCACGGCUCGAACCCCUGCAAAGUGGUGAAGUCCCGAUCCAUCUUUUCCACCACGAAGACGAACCCGAUCCUUCUAGGUAGCGCUCGCAGCAAGAGGGGCAUCCGGCGCCUGUGAUGGAGCGCUACGGGGGUUUUAUUCUCUGAAUAUUUUAAUGUCCUCUGUCUACGCUGGCUCCCUCCAAAGCUCGGACAGCGAGGAAUGUUUUGAUGUCCUCGGUCUACGCUGGCUCCCUCCAAAGCUCGGACAGCGAGGAAUGUUUU